AUGAUGAUCCUGACGGCCUUGGCUCUUGGUCUAGCACUCCUCGCUGCCGCCAGCCCGUGCUUGGGGUUGGGGAGCGGCGGCGCGUCCGUGUCUAGCGUCGUCACCGAGGCGUUCUUCAACGGCAUCAAGGCCCAGGCCGGGAACGGGUGCGAGGACAAGAAUUUCUACACGCGGAGCGCGUUCAUCUCUGCUACAUCAACCAGAUCAACGGGAACAGCCAGGUCUCGUGCGCCUGAGCUCACAAUGGCCGUGCGCCCCGGGGAAGAAGUACUACGGUCGCGGCCCGCUGCAGAUCUCGUGGAACUACAACUACGGGCCUGCCGGAAAGGCCAUCGGCUUCGACGGGCUCGGGAACCCGGACAAGGUGGCGCAGGACCCCGUGAUUUCGUUCAAGACUGCGCUCUGGCUCUGGAUGAACAACGCGCACAAGGUGAGGCCUUCGAGGUCGGCCUCGUGUGCGACGGCAAGUACCCCGCCGCGGUGAACAUGCGGGUGGGCUACUACAAGGAGCACUGCAAGCAGUUCGGCGUCGACCCAGGGAACAACAUCACCUGCUAG